CCAACAAUUUAAGGUACAAAGUGGCGAACUCAGCUCAUCACUGUCUUUUCAUCUCUCUUUGGCCCUUUUUCUUCCAAAACGUUCAAAUCAAAAGCAAUUUGAAACACAGUGAAGAAGAGGAAAAUGGUGAUGUCAAAGGUGAAAUAUGAAGCUCUACGGCAGCAAAGAUUGGAGGAGAACAAGAAAAGAAUGGAGGAACUCCAUCUCCCUCUUCUCUCUCAAGCCCUCAAGAACGCCUCCUCUCCCAAAUCCUCUCCGAUGAAGAAGACGAAACCCCGCAUUGCAAGAACUGAGCUUGUCCCUGUCAGAAGGUCAGAGCGAUUUUCAAACAAAUCAGCUCCUCAGUACAAGGAGGUUACGUUUUAUGAGCGUGUGCAGCUGCCUAGAAGAUUGACGAAUAGGACGAGGGAUUUGUCGAACCGGGUAUACGCAUCAGAUGAAGCAAGGGAAUGUGCUAUAAAGAAAGCAGAGGAGUUGGAAGCAACUCUGGGCUCUGAUUCUCCUACCUUUGUGAAAUCAAUGCUUCCCUCCCAUAUCAGUGGAGGCUUUUGGCUGGGUCUCUCGUCUGAUUUUUGCAAGAGGAAACUUCCAAGGAACGACGGAGUAAUGUUGUUGGUAGAUGAACAAGAAGAAGAGUGGCCGGUGAUCUACCUGGCUCGAAAAACGGGACUUAGUGGUGGAUGGAAAAAGUUCUCUGUUGAUCACGACUUAGCGGAUGGUGAUGCACUCGUUUUCCAGUUAAUACGACCAACAGUUUUCAAAGUGUUUAUUACAAGGGUGGAUGGUUAUGAGAAGACUGCCGAUAAGAAAACAGACAAGGUUGAAGGAACUGAAUUCUGAAGGCGGUGAGUUUUCUUGUAUUGCCGUUUUGGGAGUUUUCUGGUUGAUUAAUAUGCUAGACAGUAUAAGAAGACAAACGUUAGCUCUUCUGCUUUCAUCGAGGAACUUCAACGCGAUCGCUGAAAGACGUACCUUUUUCAGUGAUGAAGUAUUACAGCAACCAGCAACUCAAUUGCACUCUGCAGAUAUUGAAGGUAGCCUUCCUGGAGACUAGGAAGAAGUUGAACUAAUUGAUGCUGGGUGAAAAGUCGCAUUCCGGUGUCACGCUUUUGUCUGUGUUUAUUACGUAGAUUGCUGACAUGUAUUUGACUCAUUUAUUCCUCUUGGCAUUGGGCCAGUCAUCACUGGAUCAGUUAGUUGGUUAGGCAGCCGUUGUAUUAGUUCACUUUGUAUAUAUACUGUUAAUCUCUCUUCACUCUCAGUUUUUGUAACAGAAUUUACAGAGAAAUUGAG